AUGAUUCAGUGACGCAUAUGUUUGAAAAGGCACAUCAAGCUCUCACUGGACUUAGUAUGCUUUGUGUGGUGUAAGUGGGUAUCGAUCAUGUGCAUUAAUAUGUUCACACUAAACAGCACUGGAUUCAUGGUUUACUUUUAUAAGUCUUGGAUAUACUGAUUACUUAUACUAUAUACGCAAGUACAAUGUACAUUAUGAUUUGAAACCUACUAAAAAAGCUAACCAAGUGUAUUCAUUGAUCCUUUACCAGAGCCAGUCAAGGAAGGAUAUGUGAUCUUAUAUAAUGUACAAAAUGAUCACUACUUGGAAACUGUGUGGAAUCAAGUACAGAGAGUCGCUGAUAUGCUGGAUCAGGCAGGAGUUCGAGCAACUGACUACUAUGUGAAGAAUGAACAUGGAGACAUUGUCCACCUUAACUUAGAAGUAGGUUUAAGGCAAAUAUUCUUGUUAAUACCAAAACGUUCAGAUUAUAUACAUGUGUUUCAUGACGGAACAUCAUUUCUGUGUUUCUGGAAACCGGACAAGACCAUCAAGCAGAUGUUGGAUGACAAUGGUCUAUUCAAAGAGACUGCAAUUAUAGAAGACCAAAAUGCAGCCAUUGUGGACGUGAACCAACUCGUUGGAGUUAGAAGGCAUUUUUCAAUAAUUGACCACUGACAGUGUGUCAAAGAAAUAGCCUUCCAAUACACAAUAGUUUUUAUAAUAAAGAAAUAUAUUGUAAUGCCACCAUUUUAGGUACUAUAUCAUAAUUGAAUUUUGGGAAAACGCAAAACGUUUUACAAUUGUGUAAAAAAUAAUAAUCCAAUUCAGCUUUAAUGAAGCGUAGGGAUAUAUCCUCAUACUUCCUAAGCAAACAAAUUGGCAGGUCUUCCGAACUAAAAUCCUUGAUGAUGGAACCAAACGGACGCAAAUUGAUGAAAAAUACAACACAUUUUAAGAAAAGAACUAAGGAUUUAAUUGUAAACAUGUUUCGGGUGUUCUCUCUCACCCAUCAUCAGUACAAACUGAAAAGCGAAAUAAACGGAAAGAAAAAUCUUGUCAUUCUUAACUAAGAGUAUUUAUACAAAGAAUGAAUGAAUAUUAAUUAGUGAAAACAAACUGUUACCAAUUAAGGUAACGUAACGAUCGUUCUAGAUAAUCAUAUGCAAGGUGUAUA